CCGCAAGAUGGCUCUGCAUAUCCCGCCAGCCAGCUCCAGUUCAGUCGCCAUUUUAGUGUUAGUAAAACCGAGAUAGAAAUCCGCAAUUUUGAAAGUUUGUACUUAGUGAAAUUCCUUCAACGGAUCGUUAUAAACCAAUCAGGACAUUAAUCGCUAGUGAUUUCACAAUAGAAUUAGGUUGUAAAUUUGUAUCUGUAUUUUGGCGAGGAUCUCUCAAACAUGAUUUCUACAGAAACUCAGAUCUGCGACAUCACUCAGCAUAUUCUUAAUAUAGGAACAUAAGCAAGACAAGUGAACAAGAUGUGAAUCCACCUUCAAUAGAGACAUCUUCAUCCUUUAGUUAUUUUCUUCUAGUCGACAUCUACCUAAUCAGCAAGAGUUGCUCCCGGUGAUAUAAACGGAUCCUGAUAGAACAGUAUGACUAAAGAGGAGACUGGAGAUGUAUGGAUUGCCUGGUUACUAGAUGCUAUUCAUAAAAUCAGAUAUCAGAAACAACGGCCUAAUGUAGAACGUGUAGCUCAGUGUAUUCGUCAACACCAUCCGCAGUACAGCAAUGAAACUGUACAUCAGCAUUUGGAGGAUGCAGUUAGACAAGGAAACAUAUCCAGACAUGAAAACAAGGGAAAUAUAUCGUACAAGGAUCCAGAGUCUAGGACUAAGGGAACUCAUAAAAAUCUCAGAUUGGCGCCUGACAGCGACCUUUCUAAGGUUUUUGUACGCGCCCUCCGUGAACUAAAUGAACAGGAUGGAAGUACUGUGCGUACGGUUGAGAAUUUUGUUCUGUCUGCAUAUCAGGUUUCAUAUACCCAGGAUUGUAGUCUACGGGAUCUAUUAAAAGCUGGUGGAAGGAAGGCAUUGUCCAGAGGUCUUGUUACAUGUAACUCAGUCAAUAAUACGUUUAAAGCUCUUCUAAUAAAAAAGAAGCCCCCGUCCAUAAUAAAAGAGGAAAUAAAGGAACACGCUCACAGUCAAGUGAAAAAGAAGAAGAAAAAGAAAUCUUUAAGUCCUUCUGAUGAAUCCCCUAAGGUAAAGCAAGGUGCGCCUAAAAAAUCCUAGGUUUUUCCCUCUAGGAAUUAGUUUCAAUAUUUCCCUGCUUGCCCGAAUAUACGACGACGGAACUCGAUACUGGAUUGGCAGAAAGAGUCUGAAAAAUUCAUGUGGCAACUUUAAAUCGGAAGGUUUCCUGUUUUAUUGGAGUAUGCUGGGGAUGGAAACCUCUCUAGCUCUACCGGCUCAGUUCCCCCACCCUCUAUCCAGCUGCAGAAGGAGGGGAAGGGAGGGGAGUCUACCCCAUCCCCCUCUUAGCCUUGUCAGUUGAGUGAAACCGGUAGUACAGUCUACAGUGCGGGCUGUGCUACAGUAAAUACUAAAGCUCAACCUUACCUAGUUAAACAAUCUAUUUAUACGUUCAUUUACCUCCUAUUGCUGUUUUAGAAUAAUUAUAUGAAUAUAAGCAUGUGUUUGUAUGCACAUACAAGUUUUUGUGUCUUUUGUUAGUUAUAGGUGAAUCUUAAAACAGUUGGUU